CACGGGAAGUCUUUCAAGGGUUUCCACUUCCCAAAUGCCAAAUCUUCUUCGUCGCUCGCCGCCAUUCCUCCGCCGUUCCUCUGCCGGCCAAGCUCGUUGUCGCCCAUCCACCAUACUGGCUCGCCCGAGCUGUGCCCACUCUAGCUCGCCAAUCCCUAACGACAGCUUCCAAUUCAGUAUUAGCGACGGGAAAUGGGAACUGAAGAAUCAAAAGACCCCUUCAAAGGGGUUGACUGGAAGGCCGUUGGUAAUGACCUGCAAAAGGACCCCGGUGGCAAACCAGUCGUGAAGAAACGGCUUCCAAGGAAGAUAAGACAAAUUCCAGAAUGCUACUUCCUUCCUCGAAGAUCUCUUCCCUCUGCCCUUGCCUUUUACGGGGCAUGUAUUGCUGGGGGAGUUGGCGCAGGGAUGCUGCUCGAGAUCUGGAUAAACAAGAAAGUCAAAGAGGAUGGAGGCGUCAUAUGGGAAUUCGACAAGUAGUGCCAAGACUAACAGUAGUGACAAGUAGUGACAAUGCAGGCUUAAUCUUUUGCCUCUUCUUAUUGAGCAAAAAUUUGUGCUCUCAUUCUUUGUCUUCAAUGACACGGCAGGCUUGAAUGCUGUUGGUAAAUUGAGCGAUUAGGACCAUUUCAUACGUAUAAUAUCUUCUUCAUCUUUUUACUAGUGAGCAUGCCUCCACUAUUAGGCUGUGCGGGUAGGACAAGAAUGGGCCGCCAUAUGCUAAUCUAGCGGCUCAUCAACUUGCACAAUGCAUUGUGUGCACCGGUUGAUCGUUGAUAAUAAUUGUUGUGCAUGAUAGAAACAGCGUUUUUAUUUGGAUAGCGAUGACCCAAUUC